UUAGAGCGCAAGGCGAGGGUUUGGGUGGCGCAAAGAUGAAGGAAGCAGAAGAGCAACUAUGCGAGGCCGCCAGAAACGGUGACACGGAGCAGGUGAAAGCUCUCAUAGAUUCCGGCGCCGACGUCACUCAUUUCGACGGCGAAGGCCUCAAUCCUCUGAUGCACGCUGCAAAGCACGGCCAUGCACCCGUCCUCAACGUUCUCCUAUCCGCCGGCGCUCCCUGGAACGCUCUUUCUCCCUCCAACCUCUCCGCGGGUGACUACGCCAUGCAAGAAGGUCACCAAGAAGCCGUCGAACUUCUCCUUAAUUCCGGGAUUCAGGCUGAGCUGAUUUUGGGAACAAUUGCGAGAAAAGAAAAUAAGAAUGUUAAUUCGGGUCAUGAUUAUUUGGAAGAUAGGGUUAGUUUUAGUGAAGAUAAGCUUAUGGACUCUGAUAGCAAAGCUGUGAUGAUGGCGUGGGAGAAGCCAUUGAUGGAGGCACACGCUAAAGCUGUUUGUUCUGGAGGUGGUCACGUACUGAAUAUUGGGUUUGGAAUGGGUCUUGUUGAUACAGCAAUUCAGCAGUAUUCACCUGCGUCUCACACCAUUGUUGAGGCUCAUCCAGAUGUCUAUCAACGCAUGCUUCGCUCUGGUUGGGAUCAGAAGGAAAAUGUGAAGAUAGUUUUUGGCCGCUGGCAAGAUGUUCUGUCUCAGCUUGAAACAUAUGAUGGAAUAUUCUUCGACACUUAUGGGGAGUACUAUGAAGAUUUGAGGGAGUUUCACCAGCAUCUUCCGGCUCUGUUGAAGCCCGGUGGUAUCUACUCGUACUUCAAUGGCCUUUGCGGCAGUAAUGCGUUUUUUCAUGUUGUUUACUGUCACUUGGUGUCUCUUGAGCUUGAGAAUUUGGGGUAUUCCACACAAUUAAUUCCAUUGCCUGUUAAGGAUUGUUUGGGAGAACAAGUUUGGGAAGAUGUGAAACACAGAUAUUGGCAGCUUGAUACUUACUACCUUCCUGUCUGUCAGUCUGCAGAGGAGGACUCGCAGUGAUGUGUAGCUUUUUUUGUAUGGUUUGAGUUUAAUCAUAUCGUCAAAAUGAUUCUAACACACGAUGUGUUACUGCUUGUGUAACGUUCUAAAUGGUAUUAUAAGAAUACAGCUAGUGUGAUAUUGAAAUCUUGAUUUUUAUUUGGAAAUUUCAUGACA